CUCUCUCUCUCUCUCUCUCUCUCGUGUAACCUGCUGGUAUCACCAGAGGCAGCAGAGAUGCAGACAAACACACUGAAGUAGCCCCCACAUCAAACUCCAAACAACUCUAUCUCGCAGUCUUUAAUGUUGGACGUUAUAUCCAUUUGGUUUAAUCGUCCCGGAGCAGCGGGGGAUGGUGUCGCCCACUGAAGGCGGAUAGUGAGACGCAGAGGCCGGCUGCAGGGAGAGCUAACAGGCAGGAGGUAUAGCCAAGGCUCCUGCGUAAAUCUCGGCCUCAGUGUGGGGAUUUCAUCCGGACAUAUACCGGGGUUUUGGGUCCACUUUGAGACGGUUCUCCAAGCCGUGGGGGUGAACCGGCCUGGCUUUGGGUGUGCUCAGUCCUUGAUGCCCCGGAGGCCCAGAGAAGCUCAGACUGCGAAGCCCCGGAGCAGGGCUCGGACACCGGGGAAGUAGGGGAGGUAGGUCGGCUACGGGAGAACCAGCACUUCUACUCUGUCUGUGUGCGUGUGUUUUAUGUAGUUUCAGGUCAGAACCAUUGGGAGUUUAAAUGAUACUUUAAACACGGUCUGGUUUAAAGGGGACCCUAAUGUGAGUCCACUUCAGUGUUUUUGUGUUGGAGUAAGAGGCUAGCUGGAGGCUAACUGUUAGCCCGGGAGCAGUCCAUUGUCACAGCCGGGUGGACUAGCUAGGCUAACAGGCUAGCUUUUUAACAGCAGUUAAAGGAUAGACAAUUUCGACACACGCGGGAAAUUUAGCACAGCAGUUGACGUUUUCAAUUCUUUUAAGUUUGUCUUUGAUUCACUGUGUUUUUUAUUUAUUUAUUGCUGUUUAAACUCAGUGGACGGUUGUCGUCUCGUAAGCAUGCUAACGCUAACCUCUUAGCCUGGUAGUAUCUCAAAAUGUCUCCUGUGACUCUGUCAUUUUGUGUUUUUCAUUCACUCGAUUCAGUGAAGCCGUGAAGACGACGUUUUUGGGCUUAAACCUCUCAGUCAGAUUAAAGUUUGAUCAUCGGUAGUUCAGGUAGUAAACAUAACUAAUUAUUAGACCCGCGCGUGUGUGUGACGUGCACGGCAGCCCCGGAGAGGAGGGGUUGGUAGUUUGAUGGCCAUAUAGAAACCAGAGUUUAAUAGUAAGGUUUUUACACUCGAAACACUGUUUAAAACUAACAAUAUUAUUCCUAAUCAUUACGUUUAUUACCUUUAAUUUAAUCAUUACUGACUGGUCAUUUAAAGUUUUAAAAACGCAUGAUGGUAGUAGCUCAGGAGGUAGAGCAGUGGAGUAGUCAUUUAACAACUGGAAGGUUGGUGGUUCGAUCCCCUCCUAUCCCUAGUCUGUCCGUUGUAUCCUUGGGCAAGACACUUAGCCCUCCUUGCUCUUAGUGUAUGUCCUCCACUGAUGUGUGAUUCGUAUGUACAUCGCUUUGGAUUAAAGUGUCUUCUAAAUGACAUUGUAAUCAUAAUACCGCGAUACGAAUUCCGAUAUAUAUCGUGGGGUCAAAAGAUGAAGAGUUGAAAAAAUGUUUAUAUGUGUAGACAGCUCCUUAUUUUUACUUCAACAGGAGCUGCCAACCAGGUUCACUUUUCAGUGACUGAUGCCGAGAGAACAGGUUGGCCAAAUAUAAUGCUAAGAGCGCACCGUUUUUUAUUGCAUGUGACAAAAUUCAGCAAUUUUAAUCAUAUUAACUAAUGAAAAACAAGAUUACUGAACUUGAGCAAACAUUUAAUCAAAUAAGGGUUUUAGAGGGCUGGGCUAACGAUUAUUGGUGGUACUGCCACCAACAUGUAGGGGGGGCUUAUCCAUUUAUGCAGUCAUAACUCCCAUUUGCACUCAUGUUUUCAGAGAGGGGAAACUAAGAGAGGGAGAGAAUGGGGUGGGGGGGUCAGCUAUGAGAGAAUGCAUAUUAUUGGUAGAAAACCACCCAAAAGUGGACUCUUCAUAAUAGGUGACCUUUAAGACACUUUUGGUGUGAUUACUUAUGACACCGGGAAGAAACCGUACAUCUGAGGCCUGAAAUAAUUCACUGUCACAUGCCAAAUAUAGGUAGAUUUUCUGUGUGGUGAGAAAUUUUCAGACAUUUAUGCCCCCCGUUGCAGGUAAAUGUUUGUACCACAAUAGUGGUGUGAUAAAAAGAAACAUCCAUGCACAGUUUCUACUGGGUGAACCUAAAACUUCUGUCCGCUCUGCAGUCUGCACGUCAGAACUUUGCAGGGACAGGCUGUUGAAUGCAAAUAUAAAGGGGGUUUUGUGAGAAAAAUUGAAUUCAGAUUGAUGCCGAUUAUAUUGUGGGAUUUUUGUUCAGAAACGGAAACUACCUUUGUUAAACAGAGUUGUAGAAUCUUACAAAUAUUUUGUGUAUAUGACAAAUCACAAUAAUUACCGUGCCAGCCAUCUACCUGCCACCUUCUCAGUCUUACCUCUGUCCAUCUUUUUCACCCAUGUGGUUAAAGAUGGGAGUGGGUCUGAUCCUACAGGAUGGGGAUCCGUCUGAUCCCAUCUUUACAUUGGGUCUUUGUGAACAGUGUCUGGUCUUAACCAGCUUUUUUUGUGAACCGUCAGAUAAAACUUGUUGUGAAUUGGCGCUAUAUGAACAAAGUUCGUUUAACCGAUGAGUCAGAUAGUUAAUAUCAGACCCUGCUUAAAUCCCUGUUAUAGAUGUUACUAGGAUCAUUAAAGUAACAGUUAUAGAGAUUACAGAAUUUUGGGACCAUGUGCAGUGUAAACAGACAGACUUCAGUAUCGGUAUGUAGUAAUGUAACUUCUAAAGCUGGGUUUAAAGGUUUGACGUUAAUGUAAUGUCACAUGACCACCAGGCUUUUCAAUCAUUUGUACAGUUGCUAAUGGAACAAAUAUAUUAGUUAAAUGUAUAAAAUAAUUUGUAGUUUGGAAAACUAGCUCAGAGCACUUUCAGUCUGUGUUUCCACCACCAAAACAAAGUCCAUUCGUAAAUCUGCCUGACUGUUAAAAGUGACUUUUAUCAUUAAAGCUACACGCCCGGAGAAAGUGAGUCCAGGCGUGUUUUUGUUUUCUGUCCUUCUCUGGACUCUCCAGGGAAAAAUCAAACUUCCCAGGUUAUCGGCUGUAGAUCAUUAAUACUGUAACAUGCUCAGGUGUCAGCAGCUGCCUGUGCAUUCAGACAAAGCUGUGUUAUUAGAAGGAGAGGCAUCACUCUGAGCUGUUUCUGCACAAUUUUAACAACUUAGUGGAGAGUUUUUUUUUUUUUUUAAACUUUGAUGAAAAUAUUGAAAAACCUCUGUCUUAAGGAUCAGACUGAAAGCCGCAGAUUUGAAAUCUUCCUGCUAUGAGGGAAAACUGUUUUGUUUGUGACUCAGGUUUCAUUCAGAGGAAAUCCAAAUAUUGGUGUGAUGAUGAAGGGGAUGAUGCAUUCAGUGACACAGUUAUGUCCAGGAAAGUUGAAUCAUUCAGCAGAUUGAGUCACUGCGCUCUGAUGCUGUUAUCGGACUGAGUGAAUUAGUUAAUCAAUUCAAGUGAUAUUUUAUUUGAAAUCAUUUAUCAGGUCUGUCAGAAGAUUAUCUGAUGGAUUCAACGCCUUUUCAUUCAUACAGCUGUUUGGUUUAGUCACGGAUGAAGAGUGUUUUCACAACUUCACUUUACUUACUUUCCUGAUUUCAAACACCUAUCUGUUUCUGAUUCUACAGAAACUAUCAAGCAGCAACUUGUGGAGAGAGGAGAGCAGGAAGAGGAGCAGGUGUGUGUUUCUGUGUGAGAUACAGAUGGAGUGGCUUGCAUGUGCCUGUUGCCACCCAGCUGGGUUUUCCAGGUCUGAUGAUCUUUAUCCCACACAGAGGUCGAGGAACACCUGUAGAUUUCUAGGCUAUCAAUGUCAAAUUAGGAGGUAAUUUGGAGGAAUUACAGGUCAGGAGUAAAGCAUGAGAACGGGUUAAAAUAAGGGGGAGAGUCCCACCUGAAACAGAAGUCUUACAUCAAAGAUUGUUUCGGAUUUCUGACUCAUCAGAAUCAAGUGUGAAUCACAGCCAGGUAACUAAUGACAACAGGAUCAAUGACUUGGAGCUGAUGUAAGCCAUUUUUCAGGUGAUUUGGCACACUUUAGUAGGUGCAGUUUUGAUUUGGGGAAUGUAAAAAUUUCUGUUGAUGCGGCUUAAAAAUGUUUUAUUUUGGUCGUUAAAAGGUGUGUUUGUACCGUGGAUAUAAAGUCAUAUUUCUAUUCCCUCUUCUGUGUUUUGUUUCUGUCUUGAGCUCCUUAUUCAUCUCAGUGUGAAAAAUAUAAAGUUAAAAUGCAGGAAAGGCUCAAAUACAUAACUGAGUAAUAAUUGUAAGUACAGUGGAUUAGAAGGAAACUGAUUUGUUGAUCCUAAAUAAGUUUCUGUUGAUGGGUUCAGAUACAUUUAUCAGCCCUGAAUGUGUUUCCAUGCUGGUGCUUCUACACGGUUGCUGAGAUCAAACCGGCCUCCUGUGAAACAAACACAGCAGUCUACAGUUUUAAUCUGGUUUCGCACAUUAAUCCGGUUUUAAUUUGGCGUGUCCACUCAGACUCUGACCUCUGUGUCUGACUGAUUCUUCUGUUCGUGAGUCAGCUGAUCUGCAGCUGCCAUGCUGAUGUGUUGAAGCUUUUUCACGCUUCAUUUGUGUGAGUUUGUCAAACAGCAGAGUGUCCAGACAAACAUGUGCUCUCUCAUGUUGUUGUUGGAAAGUUCAUCAAACAAUUCCAAGAAAAUCAACUCCCUAAGAAUGUUCUCCCAUUAGUCAUUGCUGCUUUUCUUAUGUAUUGGGGGGAAAUGAACUCAUAGAAAUGUUUGAAGGUGUGGCUUUGCAGUAAUGAGACAGUCUGACAGGUUUUUAUGUUCAAUCAUUUCAUCAAUGAAUCAAAGAAAUCGAGUGUGAAUUAAGCGAAUCACUGCAGUCUGAUCACAGUGAUGUGUGUGUAUGUGAGCAUGUGAUACUGUGUGUGUGUGUGUGUGACCUGAUAAUACUGUCCUGUUGCCUCUCAGAUGACUGACCUCAGAACACACAGACUCAGAACACAGAGGGACGAAGACCACAGACAGAUUUUAGUUAAAAAUUGUGAUUUUUGACAAGUGUAUGAGGCAAAAAGACCCAAACCUGUUUGUAUUUUGGACAGUUUGAGAAGCAAACAAGUUUGUUCUUUGACAUCAGAUUGGGCCAUCUCAACAUGUGGUCUUUGAUACAGGUCUGAUCUUCUACAGUAGGACUUUAGUCUGAACAGCCAGGGCGUAGGGCAUGUCACUCUGACGUCAGGUCUUAAAGAUUUUUCGUUAGACAUCAUAAUUGCGUACAAAGCACGUGUGUGUAAUAGUCAUAUUACAGGGCGUCUUAUGUCAGUCAUACGACCUGCUUUCACCACCUCCUCAUUGUCCUGUCCUACAUGAAUGAAUACAAACCAGCUUUCAAUUACUGUCACUUUCAUAUUUCUAUCGUAAAAACACAUUUUACUGGUGAGUUUGUCACACCAGCCACAAACUGUACUGUCAUGACAGCAUUUAAUCUCUUUGCAGUUUGCUGCUGUUUUCUGUUUUAGUGUGACUUAGAUAAACUGUCAGCAUCUCCACUCUCUGCUGCUCAGAGCUGCGCUGCGAGCUCUAUUCCUGACGGUGCAAAACUCUAUCAGCUUGCGGUAAAUGAAGAGCUGCUCAGAAAGUUCAUUGCAGAAUCGAUCUGUGACAGAUGUGAAAGGUUCCUAGUUUAUAACCAGUUUGAGAAAGCUAGCAAAGAGCCACACGAAAAACGUUAUGUAUCGCGGUAUACUAGCCCGACAAAGACAAAGACAGCCUCAGACUGAUCACUUAAAAAAAGCAAUGCUAAUCAAACAUGAAUAGACCUUUUGUAUGGUAAUAUUACUUUUUGGUCAACAUGGGAGGACUUACUGUAUUGAUCACUAAAAAGCUGUGUAUGUGAUGCUUGUAAAUACUCACUCUUAACUGCAUGCGGAUUUUAGCUCUGGUUUUGGUGAAUUAGGUGCCGUUUGCACAGACAAAGGUGUAUUUUGCUCUAAAUUAUGCAAAUUAGAUCACUUAAAUGUAUGCAAAUAGCACCGGCACAUAGUGAGAUUAUUUGCUCUGCAGUGCAGUUUGUGAAGCAUUUUACCCUUUGUCAGUGUUUAGUGUCUCAUUAGCACAGAUUUAAGUGAGCACACAAACAAUAUAUGAUAUUCUUAUUGUUUCUGAGCUCUCAAAAUGUAAUUCAUUCCUUCUGAUAUAUAUUCCUGCAUUUAAUGAUAUAACUGCAGAAAGGAAAAUAUUGGGACAUGAGUUCUUCUUCAGUAUCUAGCAGCUGUAUUUGAUGCCAGCCCGGAGCAACAUUUAUGGCAGUCCUGAACAGGACAGGACGGGGAGUCGCACACACACACACACACUGGUUUGAGUGGUCGAACUGGUCCUAACUGCUGGUAAUAAAUGAGUCCCCAGAGUAGCUGAUCAACUAUUACAGUCUUGUAGGAGCGCAUUGCAACAGGGAGCAGGGUUUGACAGAACACUGAUGUGAACCCACGAGAGUGACACUGAACCAGGUGAAGAUAAAAUAUCAACAUCUGACUAAUCCACACCUCACCUUUCUAUCUCCUCAGGAGUUUGUCUGUCAGGUUAGACCCUCCCAUCAUGAACCCUCUGAACCAGAUGAAGGCUGGACUGGCCAACAACCCACACAGGUAACCACACCUCACAGUGUGACAAUGUGCACACACAACCUGGAGUUCCUUUCUACACCUGUAUGAUAGGAGUGCACUGUAAAAGGACAGACCAGCAGGAAUGAACCUUUUUUGCUUUUUCAUCCUUUGUAAACCACAAACACAUAAAUACAUUACUCUUACUCUUUACACUGUCUCACCUCCUGUUUGUGGCUUUGAGAACCAUACCACGGACUGUAAAACCAGUAUAGUUUCAUUUUAACAACAGCAGGAGCUGAAAGAGUUUGUGAUAAGAGCUGUUUGAAUUCUUGUAAUGACAAGGAAAGGAGCUUCAUUCCUUCCUUUUUAACUCCCUUCAGCAAAGGAUACACAUGAGUGUUUUCCAUGCUCCGUAUCUGAUGUUUUCUGUUGGACAGGAAAUGACCUAAGAGGAAACUUUUUUUACUGAUUCUGGUCUGUGUGUUUGCAGUGAUGGUUCAUACCCCUACGACCCCUCCAGCUGGCAGCAGCCAACCAAUCAGCCCACAGGAUCCCUCUCUGUGGUGACCACCGUCUGGGGAGUGACCAAUCCCUCAGCCAGCCAGGUAUGACACCACCAAGCAGGAAGUACAGUGGAGGAUUAUUCAGUCCUUCUGUUUUUGUUGAUCUGUUUUCUUCAGCGUUUUAAUCAGUCAUCCAUCUUCUAUCAACCCUGAUCUCUUUAUUGGUUUCUGUGCUGAAGAAGUACAAGUGGGAUGUAUUAAUGUGUGUCCGCCUGUGUCAGGGUCUGGGUGGAGGUGUGAUGGGACCAGGUGCUAACCCCGGAGGUGGACCCAUGAUGCAGGGCCCUGGAGGUCCAGGUAUGGCUGGAGGGCCUGGAGGCUACAUGGGCCAGCAGGGUUACGGAGAGCCCAGCAAAGGCUAUAUGAAUCAGGGCAUGUAUGGCCGGACGAGUGGGGGCUACGCCGGAGGACCAGGAGGGUACGCGGGAAGGUACGUGUUUAGUUUAGUCAAACUUAUUUUAGUGUAGUUUAGUUAGUUUUAGUUUAGUCAAGUUUAGUUUAGUGUAGUUUAGUUACAUUUACUUUAGUUUACUGUAGUUUAGUUUACUUUAUUUUAGUUUACUGUAGUUUAGUUUACUUUAUUUUAGUUUACUGUAGUUUAGUGUAGUGUAGUUUAUUUUAGUUUAGUUUAGUUUAGUUUACUGUAGUUUAGUUAACUUUAGUGUAGUUUGGUUAAGUUCAGUGUAGUGUAUUCAGAUCCCCAUUAGCUUUUGCAGCAGCAGCUUUUCUUCCUGCAGUCCAUUUUCAAUGUGACAAUACAUAAGUACAAGCAAAUAAACAGAAACAUCCAAAAACAUGCAAUUAUAUGUAAACAUCGAGAUGUCUGUAACACAGUCUAGAGAUUGGAUUCGGAGUUUUUAUAUUUUUGUUGCUUUGCUUCAGUUUGAACUAAAAAACCUUCCAAAGACAAAGAAAGAAAGGAAAUUCACAGCAACACCAACACGUCUCUCUUUACUCAGUUACCCGUCGAACCCUGGAGGCUCUAGAGGCUCGGCUGACUUCACUCAGGCUGCUGCUGCUGCUGUUGCUGCUGCUGCUGCCACGGCAACCGCCACCGCCACGGCAACUGUGGCUGCCAUCCAGGAGAAACAAAACCAGGAAAUAAACUACGGGCAGGUGAGGAAAGGAGAGGGGAGCACAGGUAACCCUCCUGCGCUGAUUGGUUAGUUAGAGUGCUCUCUGCUGGAGACUUUAGGUGAAACCAUGAGGCCAUGAACUCUCACUGAUCAUUUCUUCAUGUUACUGUGUUAUAAUGGGGGCUCAUGAUACAAUGUGUGUGUGUGUGUGUGUGUGUGUCAGAUGGGAGGUCCAGCCUAUAACAAUCAAUUCAUGGCUCACUCGGGCCCCCGUGGACCCCCUAGCAUGGCUCCUGGAGGGAUGGGCCCUGGGCCUGGACCUAACAGAGGCCCUGCUUCAAUGGGCCCUAUGUACCAAGGAGGUGGCCCCCAGAGAGUCGCUCAGCAUCCAAACUAUGGCCCUGGACCACAACAGGGCCACCUGAGGCCCCCACAGGGACUUAAACGGCCCUACAGCUCUGAGGUUAGUUAACUGUGAUUCUCUAAUUAACUCUACUUCUGUAGUUUUAUAAUUUGGAGGGUUUAAAAAAGUUUUUUUAAGUUAUAAUUGAAGUACUUAAACAUGUUCAGUUCUGGUUAUGACUCUGAAAAACUCUGAGAUUGUGGAGUGUGACUCUCUCUCUGGUCUUCAGUCUUUUCCAGGAAUGUCUCAGCAGUACGGCAUCCCUGUUGGCUCUAAUGUAAACAUGAUGCCAGGUUCUGGUGGUGCUGGUGGUUCGAUGCCAGGUUCAAUGCAAGGUUCAGGUGGAGGGGGUCAUGGUGGACCUGGUCCAUACUCUGGCCCUGGCAUGCAGUACCAUCCAGGUGAGAUAUCUGGAGCAGGUUUAAAAAAACACCUGAAGAAGAGCGCUGAGGAUCAAAGUCUUCUGGUUUUAGUUGAAUCUCUGUAAAUGUGCUUGAAAUAAUCUUAUAUUUGGAUUCAACUUGAAAGAAGGGACCAUUUUUUUUUCUGUCUGCAGGUCCUGGUGGUCCAGGCCCUGCCCCUCAGCGUUCUGGCUCAUCCCCAUCCUAUCAGAGUCAUAAGAUGCCCCUGCAACAGUACCCCCCAUCUGGACCCCCCAACUCGCAGUACUACAAGGUGAGGACUCUCAAUCAGAGCUGAUUGAUCAGAAAUGAUCAGAUCAGUUUACAUGCACGCCAAACAUGAGGACACCCAAAGGCCUUCACAUGCAGCCAAUAGAUUUCCUGGAUAAAGCACCUGAGUGUAAGAUACAGACUAGGAUACAGACCAAGGACUAAAACACGGAAAUCAUCUGGAAGUGAAAUAUUCAGGGCAUCAGUCACGUUAUUCUCAAACCUGUUGUGAAUUUGUUGUCAGUAUUUAGAGCCAUAAAAUGAACCUAUGUGGAGAUUGAUUUGUUGUGUUUUUUGUGUUUGUGUUGCAGGACCAGUUUAAUGGUCAGGGUGGAGGUUUAAACACUCUGUCAGCAGGGGGCGCUGGUGGUGUUUACAACUCCUUCAACCAGCCAUCCGGGGUGAGAUAAAGUUCCUGAGUAAAGAUGUUGUUCUUUAUAUGUCUUUGUCUUCAUCUAAGAGCUGGAUAUUCAUGUUUUGUAUAUUAUCUGUAUUUUUAAUCAUUCAACAAAAUGUUUAUGCUGGAGAAAAGGAAAUCUCAGGAUUUCUCUUUUUUUUUUACAGCCAACAGUGAUGAAUAAUAAACAUGGAGAAUUCAAUUAGCUUUAAUCUGGACUGUCAACACUGUAAAGAUCCAUCUGUGUGUUUAUCAGUGAGUCACUUUGUUGUUAGUGUGAAACCAAGAUGACAGACUUAAACUGAGCGAGAGCAGCUCCAUCACACAGUGUAGCAUCUAAAAGUGUAGCCUUGAGCAGCUUUUGAGCUAUGAACAUACACAAAACUGAGCUGCACCACUCACACUCUUCUUUAGGCAGGUAGUCGGGUUGAUCUGAUGAAAAAAAAAACUUUGUGACUCCAGCUUCUUCUUCAUGCCUACUGUAAUAUAUGGAGCAUCAACUUUCCAAAACUUUCCAAAACCACCAGACCCCAUUUGGAGAAGCUUGUAAUAUCACCUUUAAAAGCAGCUGCAGUUCCUCUGCAUUGUGUCUUUAUCUUCUAAAGGAGUAGUGGUUUUGAAAAAGAGAAUCAAACAGCUCUCCAUCUUUCUCUGAGACUUUGGUCAGAUCUCUCUGUUUGAUCUUUUACCACUGAAACAAAGAUUCUCAUGCUGUCUCCGUCUCUCUCUCUCCACCUCAGCCGGGUCGAAGUUUGCCGGGUUACCCUUCCUCUCCUGUUCCCGGAAACCCGACCCCUCCCAUUACUCCCAGCAGCUCCAUGGCCCCGCCCUACAUGUCGCCUGGCAACAGUGACGUCAAACCGACGCCAGCUUCCUUCCCUCCUGACAUCAAACCUAACAUGGCCGGUCUGCCCCCUCCUCCUCCUACAGGUAGUGACCCAGACUCACACACACACAUAUAAAGUUAGUUAUCUAUAGAAUUAUCAGUUUUUAAGCCCUGUAAUCAUCAGAUUAUGCUGAGUGGGAAAAUAAGUUUAAGAUGUGAAUUUGAUCGAUUUCUAUUGAUUAAUUCAAUGAAAUCUUUCAGACAUUAAGAGUUUGAUAAUCUGAUGGAGUCAUAGAGACUAUAAUCAGAUUAUGAUCAACUAAAUACUCUGUUUUAACGAGUGACAUAACCAGAUAGUAAUCAGUGAAAAUAUCAGAUGACUGCAGUAAAAAAACAAAAACAAAAACACAUAAUGGUUGUUUUAAUACUUGAGUGAAAUCAUGUGGUUUUUAUCAGAUAAUUGUCAGAAAAAGGGGUCGUGUCAGUAAAAUAAUCAGAUUAUUUCAGCAAGGAAAUUACAUUCAUUCAAAAAGUAAAAUUGCAAUCAUGGACAUUAGUUAUAAUCAGAUAACUUCACUGAGAACAAUAUGACAGUUACCAUGACAUCACUGUUAGAAAAAUAAACAGCCUGAUUAAAGGCCGUGAAAUGAGAAGAUGAUCCCCUGCUGAAUGUGCAGUACCCUGUUCUUUUAUCAGUGAAUAUUCUCAGGAAAAUACUCUGUAAAAUAUAUUUAGAUUAUUUUUGUGAUUUUAACAGGUUAUCCUCACUAAGAAAGAUAUCAGUGACAAAAAAAAAAUGAAAUUUGGGGCACUGAUAGCCUCGCAAUCCAAGCACUUCACAGAUAGAGGCUUUGGUCCUCGCUGCAGUUGUCACCAGUUCGUUUCUAUCCAUGACAUUUUGCUGCAUGUCCUCCUCUGCUCUCCUCUCCUUGCAUUUCCUGUCUCUCUUCAACCUCAGUUAGUUACUCGAAGAAGUGAUAAAGUCAUUCUACACUUGUCUCUGUCUGACUGUGCUGACUUCCUGUCUACAGGUAACCCUAGUGACGACCUGCGGCUGACUUUCCCAGUGCGUGACGGCGUUGUUUUAGAGCCAUUCAGAUUAGAGCACAACCUCGCGGUCAGCAACCACGUCUUCCAGCUGAGAGACUCCGUCUACAAAACACUCAUCAUGAGGUCAGACACACACACACACACACACACACACACACACACACUUCUUCUUCUCACUCAUUUUUAACUGAUUUCUCAGACUUUCCUGUUCCUGAGUUUCUCCUGGUUAUGAUUGGCUCUUGUGAUCUUCCUGACCUUCUUCAGGCUCCUCGCAGGUUAAUUCACUGAUCAUUUUUAAAGUUUUUGUUUUACUGUCACUUUCAGGCCGGACCUGGAGCUCCAGUUUAAAUGUUACCACCAUGAGGAUCGACAGAUGAACACCAACUGGCCGGCCUCUGUUCAGGUCUGACCUCCAUCCUUCUUUUUUUCUUUAUGUUCUCUGUUUUUCUCUGUUACAUUUUGUGUUUGUUAUGUUUUUUUCUAUACCCAUUUCUUUUCCUCCCGUUUAGGUGAGCGUAAACGCCACUCCUCUCACCAUCGAGCGAGGCGACAACAAAACUUCCCACAAGCCUUUGUACCUGAAGCAGGUGUGUCAGCCAGGCAGGAACACGAUCCAGAUCACCGUCACCGCCUGCUGCUGCGUAAGAGCUCCUCACGUUUCCCACAGAUGAAGUUAAAUGUCUCAUCCUGCUGAUUUAUUCACCUAUCUCUGUGUCUCUGUCUGCAGUCUCACCUGUUUGUGCUCCAGCUGGUUCACCGUCCGUCAGUCCGCUCGGUGUUGCAGGGUCUCAUGAAGAAGAGGCUGCUGCCUGCAGAGCACUGUGUCACUAAGAGUGAGUCACCCGCCUGUAAUACUCAUGAUAUCCGAUCAAAAAAAUCACUUUGCUUCAUUUUAGGUCUGUCUUUUUUUUUCCCCCAUUCAUCGAAGAGUUUAUAUUUUUACUUCCUGUGUGUUUCAGUAAAGAGGAACUUUAGCAGCGGCUCCAUCCCUGGGACCCCGGGGUUAAACGGAGAGGAUGGCGUGGAGCAGACCGCCAUCAGAGUCUCGUUAAAAUGUCCAAUCACGUUCCGCCGUAUCCAGCUGCCUGCCAGAGGUCAUGACUGCAGACACAUACAGGUCAGGGUCACAGCACGUUCAGAGGUUGAUUUCAUGUCACUGUUUCUGUGCAUUUACAGAAUGAAAUCUACAAGGUUUCUUUAUAUCAGGCCUCCAAAGUUUCAGUUUAUGUCCAAUUCUUUUCAAAUUUGUGAAAAGAUCAGCAUUUGUUUUGUCUCAUCUUGGUUGGUUUAGAUUUCUGCUUUUUUCAUUGGUUUGAAUAGAUAAACAAAUGUUUGUCUUAAACUGACUUCUGUUUGUCGGUCUGUCCUCAGUGUUUUGAUCUGGAGUCGUACCUGCAGCUGAACUGUGAGAGAGGAACGUGGAGAUGUCCUGUGUGCAAGUACGUGUGCACACUCUCAUUCAAACACAGUUUACACACAAAUUUUCACCCACAGGCUAACUCUCUGAACCCUUGUGUGUGUGUGUGUGUGUGUGUGUGUGUGUGUGUGUGUGUGUGUGUGUGUGUGUGUGUGUGUGUGUGUGUGUGUGUGUGUGUGUGUGUGUGUGCGUGUGUGUGCGUGUGCAGUAAAACAGCUCUGUUGGAGGGUCUGGAGGUGGAUCAGUACAUGCUGGGGAUCCUCAUCUAUGUUCAGAAGUAAGAGAGUUUAAAUAUGCCAUUCUUUUUAUCUCAGUUUUGUUCAGUGUUUUUCCAAUGAGCAGAGGCCGGUUAGUGUUGGCCAAAAAGCAGAACGCAGGUUCAUUCUCAGUAACAACAGAAUAAAGCUGAUUUUGUUGGCAUGCUUGUUUCAGGAUUUAUUUAUGAACAUUUAAAGAUACUGCCCGGGAUAUUACCUUUCAGCCUGGUGUUUUUGAUCAUCAGCCUUCAGAUUUAACUGCUACUCCUCUCUUUUUGCUCCUCAGCUCGGAGUACGAGGAGAUCACCAUCGACCCUGUGUGCAGCUGGAAGCCGGUCCCUGUGAAGCCGGACAUCCACGUGAAGGAGGAGUCGGACGGCCCUGUGUUGAAGCGCUGUCGAACACUCAGCCCGAGUCACAUGGUCCUGCCCAGCGUCAUGGAGAUGAUUGCAUCGCUUGGGCCCUCCUCUUCCUCCACCCCCACAUCCGCCUCUGCUGCCUCUGCCUCCUCCCCGAUGCCCUACCCCUCUUUGCCUGCAGGGGGCGGCAAUAACAGCAGCAACACACCAGACUAUCCUGGACCAGGUACACAGCAGCUCAGCUUGAAGAUGUUUUGAAAGCAGCUGAUAGCUGUAUAUAAAUAAAAACAACAGCAUCCGUUACUCUCCUCACUUUAAUUGAAUCUGUACAGGAAACAUCCGAUAAUCAAUGACAUAAAGACACUUAUGACAUCCUCCUGUAAUGUAGGUGUUGCAUUUUUUAUGCAAAUGGAAGGUCUGCAGUACAUUAAUGUAAGAUAACAGAGGAUCUCUGAUCAGCAUAAAGAUGAAGGUUAAGUUUUGAUGUAAACAGGAGUCUCUCUGUGGUCUGACUCAGACCUUAUACAUGAGGUCUUUGCUCUGUGGGUGUGGGCUGAUGUUUUUAAGACGAAUUUUGUGGGUUUUGCUGCCACCAUGUUGCUUUUUUGGAGGCAAAUGAACCAUUCAAAUGAUAGGUACUCCAGAAAGCUCUCAGGGAUGUGAUUCUCCCAGGUUAAUUUGAAUUAUGGGAAUUUCCAGUACUAGCACACAUGCCCUCACCAGCUCUGCUGCCUUUGCCUGGAUUGCAGGACAUGACCUGAUGUUAAAACAUCCAUAAUGUUUCCAGUGUAGCAUGCUAACGUCAGCUAAUGUCUUUUCUUUUUUGCAUCAACAAGCAGAAGUAAAACCUGUCGGAGGUACUCUCCAUGGAUUGAUAUGAUACUUGUGAUCUGCUAACCUGAAGGGGUCUAGACCUAUCUUAAUCAGGUAUUUAACACAGUUGGGUGGUAAGCAAGGAAACUGGGUAUUAAAGGGACUUAAACAGAUGAGAAGACACUUUGCAGAUAGCCAGUAGUGCUCACCCAUUACUAAGCCUGUAGCCUGUUGUAUGCUUGCUUCUUUUUUCUGCCUUGGAUGUUACUAUUUGCUCUGAACUUAGUGCUCAUCGAUACACACAGUGCAAAGGUGAAACCAGCAGCUGCCUGGAGGGAAGGAGAUCAAUAGUUUAUGAAACACUGAUGGAUCUGUUGUAAAAUAUGGAUUUGAAGUUGCUAUAUUUCCAUCUGUUUACAUGAAGGCUUAUUACCUUUACUGCAGCCAGUCAGCAGGGGCAGCUGUGGAUGUUGUGGUUUUACGCUUUGAGAUUUGUCAUGUUGUCCUUGUUGCCAGGCGACAAAACAGUCUGUGUUUAUAAAGGUGUAAAAUAACAGCAGCAGGUUGAAGACGUCAUCAUUCAGAGUUAAUAAGUUCAUUAUCUUCGAUUAUUGAUUGGUUUGUCUCACUGUCCUCCUCAGCUCCGUCCUAUCCCGGUCAGUCUGCUGGUUUCUCAGACUUCAGUGGUCCUGGGACUCCAGGAGUCGGAGGGGACUUCUCCUCCCCUGGUCCUCCCCCUCUCUCCUACCAGUCUGAGCUCUCCAGUGCCCUCCUAACCCCUGACAAACCCCCUCCUCACCCUCUGGCUGGCCAGGUACAGUAGCUUCAUCGUCAUUCUCAUCAGCAUCAUCAUCAGUAUGCUGUAUUUUACAAACAGAAACAAGAAUUACCUCCCAUCUUUCUCUCUCUUUCCUUUAUCUCCUGCCUUACUUUCUUAUCUUCCCUUCUUAUCACUUUCCUUACUUCCACUUUACCUGUCCUAAAAUCUUUUACUCCCAUCCAUUUCAACCUCCUCCAAUCUUUCCUAUUUCUUUUUACUCUACCUUCCGCCUUUCUUUUUUUCACUUUUGUUGACAUCCCUCUCCUCCUUUCCUUCUCCUUGCCUUCUUCCUGUACUCCCCCUUCCCCUCCCCUCCUUCCCUCUUUUCUCUCUCCUUUCCUCACUAUCCAUCCUUCUUUUCAUGUUUCCUUCUUCUUCAAUCCAUCCUUCCUUCCUCUCUUCCUUCCCUUUCUCCAUCUUUUAUUUUCCUCCGGUCCCUCCUUUCCUUCCAUACUUCCUUCCUUGCACUCCUCUCUUAGAUGUCCGUCUCAGGCCGUCUGGACUCCACUUCCCAUGGUGCUUCUCUCUCCCAGCAGCAGUCGCAGGGUCUCCACGGCAACUCCCAACUUGGGGCUGGUAACCAGAUGAUGCAGCGUAGCAACCAGAAUGCCCGUCUCCAAGACGACAGCUCCUUUGGUCUGGGUGGUUCUUCGGAUGUUCCAGAACCGUCUCUGGAUGUGAGUAUUCAUCAGAGGGAUGGUCUGAAAAGAUCUUUUCACACUUUAAACAUCUGAAUAUGUAGAUAAAAAUAAUGGGUAUGAGGGUGCUCUGGUUUCUAUUUUUAGAACGUUUGCAGUCUAAGUGGUAUCGACCAAUCAGGUAUCAGCAGGCCUUAGUCUCUGUGGGUAAAACAGUCUGUAUGGAGAGCAAAAUCAGGCUCAACAGACCCAAGGUUGUGAUAGUUUUGAAGUUUUCAUUAGUUUUUAUUGAGUUUUGGCUUUCUGAUUUUGUUUUCAGUUUAGUUUUUAUUUGUUUUUAGUUUACUCUCUAUUUGGUACUUUUUUAAACUGCUUAGUUUUACCUCAUUCUUUUCAAGUUUUUCAUAGCAUGGGAUAGACCCCCUUAAAUUUGAAACAUUAUGUAAAAAAUUCUCAAAACAUCAUCUUCUUUGGCUAGUUGCCUUUUCAAAGUUUAUUGUAAAUUUACUCAUACUAAAUUCAACUAUGUGGCUGAUGUUACAACACAGUCACAAGAAUAGAUGUUAUUUAUUGGUGUGUGGGCCACCCCACCAGUAUCAGUGCCUAGGUUGGGCCACCCCAGUCAAAACAGUCUAAAGACAACCAGUCAGGGGUGUGUCCGUCUAUGUAGCGUGCAGCUCUCUCUCUCUCUGAGUAAGCUAAUGUGGAUCCUCUGACACUGAUCGUCUCCCGCCACAACAUCAUAUAAUCCUCCCAGAUAAUCAAAAGGAGGUUUCUCUUUAACACAGUUAGAAUAACUGUAUCCCAGACAUGUUUUCUUUCAUCACCGUCUGCAGCAAAGAUAAUAUUUGAUGAGCAGCAGCUGCUUUACAUAUGUGUAUCAAUAAGAAUAUUUACAGUCAGGGUGUGAACAAAAAGUUGUCUUAGUGUCAUAAAUGUUUAAGGGAAAGACCGUGAACAGCUCCAUGAAAGUGUCCUGAUGAUAAAAUAAAGUUCAAAUGUUUCUGUGUGUCAAGGACAAAAAAACAUUGUUUUCUCUGCAAGUUGAGUCCAUUUAUUGAGGUUUAAGGUAGUUUGUCGUUUUUUGUAAAGCCUUGACAUAAAUCUGACUUUAGGUGAUGGAGAUGUUUUUGACAUUUUAGUUUUUGUGAUUUUGUACGUUUUUGUUAUCGAUGAAGACUUUGGAACACAGUCUGUAAUUACCUUAGCAGAAACCUGAUGGCCAUUUACUUCUCUGUAUAAAGAGAUCUUUACAGUCAAGUGCAGCUAAUAACACGCCUAAUUUUCAACUUGAGCCAAUAAAUAACCUGCUGGAUCACAAAAGCUAAUCAGCAUUUACAUAUCCUGACUCCCUGAAAUGCAUCAGAAAUGAUCAGAAACCGUUGAAGGUGUCUCAGAGAUGAGGCAGCAGGUCUUUCAGUCAGCUAUUUGAGAUCAGAGGUUAGCUGUUUAUGCUUGUUAGUCAUCACAAAAGAAAACAAGAAAUGAAAAAUGACUGUUUGUUCAUCUCUGCAGCUGCUUCCUGAGUUGACCAAUCCUGAUGAGUUGCUGUCAUACCUGGGACCUCCAGACCUCCCAAAUAACAACAAUGACGACCUGCUAUCGCUGUUUGAAAACAACUGAACACACUCAGACACACACCUACAUACACACGCACACACACCUUCAGAAUGAGACUUUACUGUAAAAUAUGAACUCUCCUCUCCUCGCCCGCCAACAUGACGGACUGACUAACAUGGCCGCCGUCUGCACAGGACGGAGCGGACGAUCAGAAGGAAAAUUUUCAAACUCUUUAAUGUGUGACUAUGAACUUGAUGGUAACUUUAUUUUAUUGAUUUUUAUCCUCUGAAACUGUAUUUUGAUGCUUCAUCCUUCAUUCCCUGUUGAUGAAAUAUAUAAAGUGAUGGCCAUGCUGCUGCUUUAACUACACACACACACACAUACACACACACAUGUGAACACACACUGUCUUUUCUGACCCUCUUCAGAUCAUCCACCUGUUGGUUUUCAGAGAUCAGCAGAGAGAUUAAUGAUCAGUCUGUGUUUGAAGGGCUCAGCAGUGACUGUGUCUGUAUUUAAAGAGCAGUAUGGUCCUAUAAAAGCAGAAUAUUUCUGCUUUGUUUGAGUUUCAAAUGUGUCUGUAUGAACUAAAGAAGGUGAGCUUUAAAGGAGCGAAAGUGAUGAGACGAUAGAAAGUAGUGUCUGUAAAAGUAGAGAAAUGAGGCUUAGACUCAGCCACAGUGAGAUGCUUUCGCUGAGAUGUUUCUUACAAUCAUUUGCCAAACAAAUCUGGAUUUUAUCAGAGACUAAAACACAAACCUGCAGAGAAGCCAUCAGAAAAUCCCACUCCCUCUUAUGUCAUUAUGUUGUUUCCUGAGUGUGUGAGAUUAGGGGUCAUAUUUUUUAGCAGAAAAAAAAAUUCACCUUAAAAAGAGACUUCUUGUGAUAAAGGUUCCAGAUACUCUGUUUUUAAUCGGCUUAAUCUGUCUGUGCACUUAAGUGUGGGAGUGUAUUUGAGGAUUGGGAUUAAACGCUUGGUUGAUCAGCAUAAAUGUUUAACUCUUCGGAUAAAUGAUCAAGAUUCUGGUCAAAUGGUGCAUCAUUUCUAUCCUCAGAGAGAUAGAAAAGACUGGUUUAAAGAGCUGAAGACUGAGAUUUUUUACCCUUUUUUUUUACAUUUUUUUUUUUUUUUAAAGAAAGGUGCCUAAAAUAAGAAGAGCGAGGGUAAAGGCAAGUGAUGUAGAAUAUGGAUUUAAAAAAGGGCACUAAAAGCGAAAAAAUACAGAGAAUUCACCCAGGACAAAGAGUUUGAGUCCCAUGUGAGACUAUAAAUAAGCUCCGACCUCUUUUAAGGGACAAGAAGUAUGUGGAGUCAGUUAUGUACACAGUUUGAUCCACUGUCUGAUCUGUUGGCUGCUUUUUAUGCUUUAAACUGGCCAAGCAGUUCUUUAGUAAUCUGAUCAUCUUAAAAUCGGGUUGUUCAAAUGGACCAAAGAUCCUGAAUUUCAGUAACAACAGGUCAGCCAAUCUUCAGGGUUUAUUGUUGAAGUUUUAAAGUGGGGUUGAUGUUCAGCUCAAUGCUGGCUGUGUUCCUGGUUGAAGCUGGCUGGAUCCCCAGUCACGACCCUCUAUGUGCUCCCCUGUCAGUAACUGUCUCUCACACUUUCCUAUCUACCUAAAACAAGGCCAAUGGGAUCAAACUUUAAAGCGAGUCCAACAAGAAACAUUUUACUGUUGUGUUUGUACUGCAUUGAUUUGUUGCCCUUAUACUGCCGAGUUGCUGCAGGACGUGGUUCAUAAAGUUUUUUUUUUUAAAUCAGAAAAUGAUCUCAAAACAGCCUUCAGUAUCAGACAUGAAAUAUUCGCUUUAAAUCCCCUGUGAGAAACUUUUUGUUGGUGUUGAUUUUUGCACCUCCUUGUGGACAAAGUAAUACCUCUAACCUCUUAGCUUAUCUUCCCUCUGUAAGGUUUUCUGACCGAGAAAUCUCCCCCAGCUGUCUUUCAAAGGUCAAACAGCGUGAACAUUUGCUAUGGAAAGAGUAAAGAGGCUUUUUCAGGCUCUACAGAAGCGGAAUCCAUGGUUCAUCCUCUUGCUGAUGGUCUUGUUUGAUUUUGUAGCUCAAUAAGAGACAGCACUUAUAAUUUGAGCUCAUUUUCAUAAUCGUCGAUGAUCUUUAAGUCUGUGCGGUCUUUGGCACCCCCUGUGGACUUAGUAUGUCGUGUGUUGUCCCGAUGUAAGACUGUUGAACUGAAUAUGGUGUAAAAGUCUAUUUUUGGAUCUGGGUGAUCCAGUCAGACUUAUCUUUUGGAAAAUCUUGAAAAAAGUACAAUUUAUUCACUGAAUAUGAAAUAACAAAAGUGGAUUUUAAAUGCAUAUCAGUCUAAUACUGGUAAAACUUUAUGAACAAGCGGGAUGGGAUUUCAGUGUUUACCUCUGAUGGCAACAUGUUUUAGUGAUGAAGGAAUGACCAAAAAAAAGAACAAGACUCGCAGUAAAGAUUAAAUGUUUGAAAGUCAACAAGGAAGUAGAGACAAAAUGGAAAAAUAAUUAUAGGGUGGAAGAGAGAUUGGACUCAUACAAGAAUUUAACAAAGGGAGGCAUAUUUUGCCUUUUGUAAGAUCAAAACUUUUGUUUGGUUUUUGGUUCAUAAAACAAAAAAAUACACGAUCAAAGGAAUAAUGAAAAUAAGAAACCAGCUGCAAAAAACAAAAGUUAAGUGCAUUUCCACUUUCUGAGAACAGGAAAGACCACAAAUCUAAAAUAAAAACAAAAGCACCAGCCAGAUCCUUAAUUUGGAUUCAGAUUUCCAUCAGUCAUUUUUAUCAGGUACAAGCACUCUUAAAGGUGGAUUUCAUCAAUAUUUGGAUCUGCAGGAAACAUCUCUCUAAAGCAAACCUAUGACAGUAGACACAAACCAGGAUUAAGAUCAAGAUAAAGAAAACUGAAUAUUUCAAGAAAACAAAAAAGCAGAGUAAAAGGGGGAACAAAGUGACACACUGCAUUUUGGUUUUGUGACUGUGGCUGAGUGUAAAUAAAGUUUUAUCACAGUAUGAAAAUGUAAACGAGGCCAAAGGUGGCUUUUUUGGCCUCGCUUUAAUCAGAAAUCAGUUUUUGCUGACUGCACUCUUUCAGUUAAGUUAACAAAGAUUUACAAUCAACUUUUCAAGGCAACUUUUGAGACAAAUUUUUCAGCAACCAAAAAAUGAAAUAAAAUAAAAAGUCAGUUGCAGGGGAACUUGCCCUCAUUGCCUGGAAUAGUUUCCCUGAGGUCACCAUGCUCCAGACCAGUUUGUAUAUGUGAUAAUAACCGAUGGUUCACCUUCAUCCUCCUCCUCCUCCUCCUCUUCGUUCUUCUGUAUGUUGUAAAGUGACUCGAGUCCAGACAGUCGUGGUGUCUCCAUGUUCCAGUGAGUCCGCCGGCUUCUAGAACAAAUAAAACUGUACAUGAUCACGCUGUAUGAUUCAGUAAUGAUGCUAAUAACGACAGUAAUAACAAUAACAAUGAUAAUAACCUUUGUAAUUUAAUAAACACACACUGGAAAGACAAAUAGAAUGAAUGUGCUGCUUUUGACGUGUGACUGAUUGCUGUCAAAAUAAGGGGAAAAUUCUGACUUACUGUAUUCCUUUAGCAGCUAGUCCACCCACUAAAAAACAAUCAGCAACUUUUUUAACAUUUAUGCCCUGAAGUCUUUCUGGGGUCAUCUUAAUGAGGUGUAGUCCUGUUUCUCAAAUGUUAGUUAUUACUUUCAGUUCAUCGCUAAAUCAAGGUCUAAGACUUUGAAAAUUAAGAUAUUUCCAUGCAAACAUUGCCAAAUUAAUAAUUUGGAGCUUAAAAAAUAACAGUUGUCCUCAAGUUUUAGAUCAACAUUAACCUUAGAUUAACUGCUCAGUCUGCACAUAUUGAAACCAGAACUUAAAGUGGGCUGCUUCACUCUAUUUUGCAGCUGCCGUCUUAUUUGUACUUUCAAACAAGGAGGUUUCCAGUGUUGAAGGGUUAAGACAUAAUACUUAUUCUGCUUACAUGCCAAGUACAGGUGAGCAAGACCUCAUCAUGGAACUGACUAACUGAAACUUUAGCCACAGUGUUUACUAAUUUAAGAGGCCAACAGAAACUAAUGUUUUUGCCACAGUGUCAACAAGUAGAGGUGGAAUGUGUCAAACUCUUCUCUGUGGGUUGAUCCUGUGUGUUAAUUUGAACUCUGUUGAAAUGAAGACACAAUUGUGAUCGCAAUAAGUACAAUCACAUCAAGUACAUUACCGAGCCAGGACAUAAACUUCAGAGUAAUGAUGACCCUCUGAUAAACUUCUGUCUGGUGCUGUCUGAGGUUUUAUUUGUGAGCUGACAGAUCCUCUUUUUUGCCUGAAAAGCUGACACAUUUUCAGAACAGAUGCUUGUUUUUAUUCUAGGUGGUGGUGCAGGAAUUGAACUGCCCUUUACAGAGUUGGUGUGCACCACCUCCUCUCUGUAAGCACCAAGAACAGGCUUUUGGGCGUCCUCAAAGGUCACUGAUCAAUACCAGAACCCCCCCAAACGAACGAACAAACACACACACACACACACACACACACACACACACACACACACACACACACACACACACACACACACACACACACACACAAACACCACUAUCAUCCUCCAGCCCCCUCUCAGUCAUGGCUCAAAGACUUACCUCCACCACGACAGUAAUAUAUAGAAGACGAUCGAAUAAAAACUUAAAUAAAAAAAAGUGUCUUCUAUAAAUAAGCUCUUCCAAUGUUUUAUAAAGAGGUAAACAAAUAAAUCAUGUAUAUAAAGAAACACAGUCACCAAAGCAGGAUGUAAAUGGGGUACCUGUUUGCAGGGAAACGCUAAAGAGCUGUUUUGAACUGGAACCUUGUCUUAAAAGAUGAACAAAUGAGCUGUGAUUUGGUGUACAUUCAAAACCUUUUGAAUAAAUAAUGGCAGUUUUAUAAGUAUCAGCCCUCAAACUUUUGAACUGGCUUUAUUGACCUGUGCCGAGACAGGGCAUUGAUCAAGAUAAGGCACAGGACUACAAAAGUGUGGGGCCCACAGAAGAACUUUGCUUAUAAUCAAUAAAUUUAUUUUAUAAGGCUGUUAGCUUGAAAUUCACAAAUCGAAACUUUAAUAAUCUAUUCUGUUCAUUGGUGACUGACCUAGCUAAUCUAACGUUACCUUUCUGCCCAUUAGCAAGUAGGUAAAAAGAUGAUGCUCCCAUUUUAUGAAUUGAAUUACGUGAGCUCUGUUCUCUGUUAGUGUUGUAGCUGAGUUAAAUAAAAUGGAACAGUUGAAUUAUAUUUUCUGUAUGUUAGCCAUGGUUAGGUUAGCAUCUUUCUCAGCUGGCUUUGAGGCUGUCGCUAAAACCACAAUUUAAAAAACAUUAACAAAACCUUGACGAUUUCCUGUUUGUUGAGGGUACCUACUGUAGUUACAAAUGGAUUUUUGUAUGUUUGUGCCUCAACUUAAGCAGAGAGGACAGCCAAACCCAUGCAAAUUUAGGUAUGGGUUCUGCUGUUUAUAACGUUAUUUGUUUUGAUCAGGUUUUAAUUUUCCAUGCCCUGCUGAUGAAUAUUUUUAACUCAUAAAUCACAGUUACCUUCGGAAAACAUUUUUAAUACACUUUUACACAGGAACACCUUCUGAAACAUUUUGUUCUUUUUUACUCCAUUAGAGAUAAAACUUUUAAAUUGUUGUUGGGCUCAUCUCUGUGUGGGUCAGUGUGGUCUGAAACUAACUGUACCGUGAUUUGAUUCGGUAUUAUCUGCUAAAUACGAACUUUAAACGUUAACUUCCUUUUCCUAAAUGUGGAUAACGGGACAGACCGCGCCCAACCCGCGUGACCGCGGACUUACAUUUUCCC